ACGUAAGACGUCACAUUAUCUUUUCAGACGAAGCUUUUCGCUUUUCGGAAGUUCGCCGCAUGACUUCUGGUUUAAUUCUUUUGAGAGUGAAAAUGUGAAUAUUAACUUGUUGUCAACGACAUCCCCUUGAAAAUUUGCUGCUCAUCUCGCCUGAUUGCAUUUUUAAGUUUGCAAGAUGAGCGGUUCCAUUGAAAUACCUUUGAAAGACACAGACGAGGUAAUUGAACUAGACCUCGAUCAAUUGCCUGAAGUAGAUGAGGUACUGCAUAUUUUACGUCAAGAAAGUGUACAACUGAAUAUUUGGGUUAAAUUAGCGCUUGAAUAUUACAAAAAUGGCAAAGUACAAGCUUUUGUCAAGCUUCUGGAAAAUUCCCUCCAUGAAGCAAAUCAAAAUUAUCGAGAUUAUGAAAAGGAUCAGAUGGAAGCCUACGAUAAGCUCGCCGCAUUUUAUGUGGAUGAAGCUAAUAAGGAGAAAAAUAAAGAUAAAAAAAGGGAUCUUUUCACCAAAGCUACACGGCUUUACACCACAGCUGAUAAGAUCAUUAUGUACGAUCAGAACCAUCUUCUGGGACGAGCAAAGUUCUGCCUGUUGGAAGGUGAUAAAAUGGAUCAAGCUGAUGCCCAAUUUAACUUUGUUUUAAAUCAGUCUCCAAAUAACAUUCCGUCCUUGCUUGGGAAAGCUUGCAUAGCAUAUCACCGGAAAGAUUAUCGUGGUGCAUUAGCAUUCUACAAAAAAGCUUUACGUACAUAUCCAAAAUGUCCUGCCGAUGUGCGCCUGGGAAUGGGACAUUGCUUUAUUCGUUUGGGGAACCAAGAUAAAGCACGGCUUGCAUAUGAACGGGCUUUGGAGCUGAAUCCACAAUGUGUGGGCGCACUGGUGGCAUUAGCUAUUCUGAAGUUGAAUGCUCAAAGUAAAGAAGACAUUAAAGCGGGUGUACAAAUGCUUUCAAAGGCAUAUUCCAUUGAUUCAACCAAUCCUAUGGUUCUUAAUCAUUUAGCCAAUCACUUUUUCUUUAAAAAUGAUUUUAAGACAUUGCAGCAUUUAGCCCUUCAUGCUUUCCACAACACAGAAAAUGAAGCAAUGCGCGCAGAAAGUUGUUACCAACUGGCACGUGCGUUUCAGGCACAACAUGAUUAUGAUCAAGCUUUUCAAUAUUACUAUCAAGCAACACAGUUUGCCCCCAAUUACAUUUUAGCACAUUAUGGCUUAGGGCAGAUGUACAUUUAUCGUGGAGAUUCUGAAAAUGCUGCUCAAUGUUUUGAGAAAGUUCUUAAAGCUCAACCUGAUAACUAUGAAACAAAGAAAAUUCUUAGUAAUUUGUAUGCUAAUUCUACUAGUCAGUCCCGGCGAGACAUUGCCAAAGACUACCUGAAAAAAGUAACCGAAAAUUUCCCUGAUGAUGUUGAAGCUUGGAUAGAAUUAGCUCAAAUUCUAGAAUGCAGUGAUUUACAAGGCUCCUUGCAAGCCUACGGAACUGCCAUUCGCAUUCUACGUGAGCGUAAAGCUGAGUUGAAUGCAGAGAUCCCUGCAGAAAUUUUAAACAAUGUUGGCUCUUUACAUUUUCGCCUCGGCAAUCUUCAAGAAGCUGAAACUAAUUUUGAGGCAGCUCUUUCAACAGCAAAGCAAGAAGCUGAAAAAGCUGAAAUCGAACAUGAUACUCAGUACUAUAAUCUAAUGUGCGUAACGAUUACUUACAAUAUUGCAAGGCUAAGCGAGGCCUUAUUUCAGUUUGACAAAGCUGAAACAAUGUACAGAGCUAUUUACACAGAACAUCCUAACUAUAUUGACUGUUAUUUAAGACUUGGUUGUAUGGCCAGGGAUAAGAAUCAAAUCUCUCAAGCUUCACACUACUUCAAAACACCUUUAGGAAUUGACAAUGAGCAUCCAGAUGCCUGGUCAUUACUUGGAAAUCUACAUCUUGCACAACAAGAGUGGACCGUUGGACAGAAGAAGUUUGAACGUAUCCUACGUAACCCUGCAACCUCUUAUGAUUCAUAUUCUAUAAUAGCACUUGGUAAUAGUUGGCUGUCCAUCCUUCAGCAACCUGUUAGGAAUCGUGCCAAGGACAAAGAGUACAUGGAUCGUGCUCUGAAACUUUUCGAAAAGGUUCUUGAAAAAGAUCCCCGCAAUAUUUGGGCUGCUAACGGAAUAGGAGCUGUCUUGGCACGUAAAGGUUACUUUAAUGAGGCCCGAGAUGUGUUUGCGCAAGUUCGUGAAGCAACCGCUGAUUUUUGUGAUGUUUGGCUAAAUAUUGCUCACAUCUAUGUCGAACAAAAGCAGUACAUAGGAGCUAUUCAGAUGUAUGAAAACUGCAUGAGAAAGUUCUUCAGGUAUCACAAUGUGGAACUAUUGCAGUACCUAGGACGGGCAUACUUCAGAGCUGGGAAACUGAAAGAGGCCAAAAAAGUGCUUUUAAAGGCUAGAAGAGUUGCCCCUCAAGACACUGUAAUCUUGUACAAUAUUGCUCUUGUGUUGCAAAGACUGGCAACACAGAUCUUGAAAGAUGAAAAAUCCCCAUUAGAUGUUGUUCUUCAAGCAGUCCAUGAACUUCGCCUUUCUUUAACAUAUUUCCAGUAUUUAGCAGUGCAUGGUGAUAGAAUGUCUUAUGAUCUUGCUGUGGCUAGUCUAGAAGCUAGACAGUGUCAAGAUCUUCUCUCGCAGGCUGAGUAUCAUGUUGCAAGAGCCAGAAAAGUGGAUGAAGAAGAACAGAUGUUGCGUAAGAAACAAGAAGAAGAACGGCAAGCAUUCCGAUUGAAGCAGAUGGAAGAAAAGAAAUUGCAAGAAGAAAAGAUGAAGUCACAGUUGGAAGAGAUCAUUCAAAAACGACAGGAGUACAAAGAAAAAACCAAAAAUGCUCUCAUCUUUGAGCCUAUCAUUGAGUCCAAAAAAGGGAAAGGUAGAGGACGUGGACAAGGAGGAGAGGUGCUUGACAGCGACUCAGAUGCAAGUGCAAGAUCGAUUAGCCCAACAACUGGUGAAGCUAGACCCAAACCACCAAAACCCAAGAAACCCAGCAAAAGGAGUGAAAAGUCUGGCAAAAAGAAAGUCACCAAGCGGAGGAGAGAUUCAGGUUCUGGAGGUGAAGACAAACCCAAGCGCAAACGAGAGCGCAAGACUAAGGAACCAAAAGCCCCCAAAGGAAGUAAAAAGAAGGCCAAAGCUGAUGAUGGGCUCAGUGGCAAGCAAAAAAUGCGUAUUGUCUCAAAAGCUACUAUCUCGAGUGAUUCGGAUAGUAGUGACAGUGACAGUGGAAAAUUGAAAAUUGUUAGCAGUGGAAGUGAAACAGAUAAACCUAAGAGAAAGCGCGGAAGGACGGCAAUCAAGAGUCAGUCAAGAUCACGAUCAAGGUCUCGCUCUGGUUCAGGAUCGGGAUCAAGAUCUGGCUCUGGCUCUCGAUCAGGCUCAGGAUCCAGAUCUAGGUCAGGGUCCCGUUCAAGAUCAGGAUCCCGCUCAAGAUCAGGUUCUCGCUCAAGGUCUGGAUCCAGAUCAAGGUCAGGGUCACGAUCAAGAUCAGGGUCACGAUCAAGAUCAGGGUCAAGGUCACGCUCAGGGUCUAGAUCAAGAUCAGGGUCCCGUUCAAGAUCAGGAUCUCGCUCAAGAUCAGGGUCCCGCUCAAGAUCAGGAUCUCGUUCAAGAUCAAGAUCCCGUUCUAAAUCGGGUUCCAGAUCAAGAUCAGGAUCCCGCUCAAAGUCAGGAUCUAGAUCAAGAUCUGGCUCUAGAUCGAGGUCAAAAUCAAGGUCUAGAUCAAAAUCAAGAUCUAGAUCUAAGUCAAGGUCUAGGUCAGCCUCUGGCUCACGAUCAAGGUCUGCCUCCCCUGGCUGAGUGUAAAUAUUUAUGUAUACAUUAUAUAAUUUUUUUACACACCCUGUACGUCCUUAUCUCUGUAAUUUGAGGAGGAGAUAUUUGAGAAAAUGAGAAAUUUUGUAACUAGUGAUAAUAAAAUGAAUGAAUAAAGGUGUAAUUUGUAAUUAAAAAA